ACGCCCAAUUUUCUGCACUGCUCUCAGCGGUAGAUUCAACCAGUCUCCUGUUCUUGCUUGAAGACAACUUAUAGGCGCCACGUCUAGCGAAAUGGAUUUUCUCGAUGCUCAGGGAAAGACAAGAUCCAACUUCUUGAAACGAAUCUCAGCAAAGGUUCGCCGCCCUUGCCUUCGCCUUGCAAGGCCAGACACAUACCUGGAACAAGGAGAAUCAAACGCCGGUUUACCCGACAUCGUCAGCCUGGGCACCCUAAAGAAACAAUCAGCAUGCCCUCCAAACCCAAGUCUACCUCAACUUAUACCAAAGCCAUCACGCUGCUCCAAGCGACAAGAAGCCGCACUCCACAACGCCAAAGCCCCACUCCUUCGACUCCCCGACGAGCUUCUAGUCAUGAUCGGCACCCACAUUUCACCCAUUUCUAAGCUCCUACUCCAUCAAACAUGCCAGAAAGCCUUUGACAUCUUUACGCCCUCUCCCGGGGUCUUCCCCCUCAAUGAAUUUGACCCGGAAAUCGCACUGCUAGAAAUGGCUCAUCUUCCUACUUCAAUAACAGACACUCCGCCACCGAACGCCCGCCCCGGUAUCCGCAUCUGGUGCAGUGAAUGCCAAACACGCCACGCCGACUCGUUCUUCUCUGCCUCCGAACGGGCGCUACCUCCCCCAACACGAGGAUGUGCUGGCACACGAGACCGACUUAGGCUAUGCGCGCACCAUAGCUUUACGCUUGCGGAAAUAACGGCAAAGAUGCACAACGGCUCCGUGGACUUCAAGUGCAGCGAUACUAGUCACCAAGUCCCACAUUGGCCGUGGGGAUUGCUAAGGCGGCCGCAUAUCAACGGUCCAGGCUCUCGUCGCAUCAAUUCAGAAGGUUACGUGUCCGUUCGAUCUGCGUUCUCGAUUAUGACUGUAUCGAGGAAGGCCGCCGUUCAGAUAUCCGAGUUGCAGAGAGAGCUAGAGACAUCUAGAGAGACGAUUUGCCCGCACCUGGACGUUCGCGAUCCGGUGAUCGCAAACUUUAUCAGCAAGUUAGUUGCAGCGAGACAAGAUGGUUCGCUGACGUGGCACCGGAGAGAGGAGUUUGCCUGCUCGCACGAUGCUUUCCUCUCGGAUGCGUGCGUCAGGUGGCACCGCCGGAGAGAUUCGGUGGAUUUCAUAGCUGCGCAGGGGGCUUGGAGGUCGGACUCGUGGGAGAUGAAUUGCUGCUUGACCGACUUCCUGGAGGUGGAUGGUAAGCGAAGUUUCCACACAGUCUGUGGCUGUACGUCGCUUCUUGAGGUGUAUAUGCGUCGGUUGCCAGGGGCGGAUGCGGAGGAAAUAAUCAUGGAGGUGGUGAGGCUUGCGAAGCUUGACGCGACGAGUCGGGAAUGGUUGGCGGCGAUUGGGCAUGAGUGGCCAGCGGACCAUCCUGUGAGACGACUUAGGCCAAGGGAUGGGUGGGAUGGGAUCAUUACUACACCUGCUGCGAAAGCGUGGGUUCACCGAGAAGACGGCGAGCGACCAGAAAGUAGUAGGCCGUAAAGCUGGGCACACGGAUCUCACACUCCUUAGGCUCUGCUCUUGCUCGCUUGCCACUGCGAGAGGUACCCCAGCUAGCCGGUCUCAAUGUAUGAACCUCGACAUUUUAUCUAGAGUCUCAGAAAUCCGUUAAGUGCAAAUGGAUGCGGUCCGGUUUCUAUCUUGCUCAAUUAACACCAUUGUAAGGAGUACUCCAGCUACCGAGUUUCUAGUCAGCCAAAAGCCAAAAGGUAGACUAAUCUCCACUACGUCAACUUUGACAUCGUAUUUCGAUUUCAAUAGCCUAUAGAGGUACCAUAAGCAGUGGGAAGUCGAUAUACCUGGGCUUUUGGCAAGAGAAUGUAUACAGCGACUGGCUUUGGGGCUUCAACGUGGUUAGUAGUCGUUUAGCAUGAUGCUCGACCAAUAUUGUUCACGAAAUCUAGAUAUCGUGGACUUGUUUCGAAUGCAUCGGUUC